AAAUUGAUCAGAAUUAUGAAUUAAGCCAAAAAGUAUUUUCCUUUUGGACAAACUGGCAGGUAACAGCAAACAUUUCUCUAUCACUGAAAGCCAAAAAAAAGAAAAAGUCUCCUUCCUGCAGUUUCGUUUUCGAUUCCCAAAUCACCAGCACUAAGAGUAGUACACUUUUUGGCCUCCUUCCCGAUUCCUUGAAGUAAAGCGGCGCCGUUUCGAUGGCUUUUCAAGGGAAGAAACUCAUCAACGACCCCUCUGCUGUGGUAACUGAGUUCAUUGAGGGUCUAUCAGAAACUUAUCCGGGUCUGCAAUACUUGGAUGGUUUUCCAGAGGUCAAGGUUGUGUUGCGCGCUGAUGUUUCGAGCUCUAGUUAUGAUAAGGUCGCAGUUAUUUCAGGUGGAGGAAGUGGGCAUGAACCUGCACAUGCUGGAUUUGUUGGAGAGGGGAUGCUGACAGCUGCCAUUUGUGGAGAAGUUUUUGCCUCUCCAAACGUUGAUGCAAUUCUUGCUGGCAUUCGAGCUGUCACUGGUCCAAUGGGAUGUCUUUUGAUUGUCAAGAAUUAUACUGGCGAUCGCUUAAAUUUUGGUUUGGCUGCUGAGCAAGCAAAAUCUGAAGGCUAUAAAGUAGAGACUGUAAUUGUUGGAGAUGAUUGUGCUUUACCUCCACCUCGAGGCAUAGCUGGACGACGUGGUCUUGCAGGGACUAUUCUUGUUCAUAAGGUUGCUGGAGCUGCUGCAGCUGCUGGACUUUCUCUUCAUGAGGUUGCUACAGAAGCAAAACGUGCAUCAGAAAUGGUUGGAACAAUGGGUGUUGCACUGUCAGUUUGCACACUGCCUGGUCAGGUUACAUCAGAUCGUUUGGGCCCAGGAAGGAUGGAACUUGGUCUUGGAAUUCAUGGUGAAGCUGGUGCUGCUGUAGCUGAUCUUCAACCUGUUGAGGUGGUUGUUUCUCAUGUUCUUAAGCAGAUCUUGUCACUGGAGACUAACUAUGUUCCAAUUACACGUGGUAACAGAGUGGUACUCAUGGUGAAUGGACUUGGUGCCACUCCAGUAAUGGAGCUGAUGAUUGCAGCUGGAAAAGCAGUCCCUCAGUUGCAGCUGGAGCAUGGACUGGCUGUUGAUAGAGUGUACACUGGGUCAUUUAUGACCUCCCUUGAUAUGGCAGGAUUUUCGAUUUCCAUAAUGAAAGCAGAUGAAGCAAUUUUGCAACGUUUGGACGCUGCAACUAAGGCUCCAUUCUGGCCUGCUGGAGUUGGUGGUAACCGUUUGCCUACCAAGAUGCCAGUUCCACUGCCACUAUCUCAUUCGACAAAGAGUGAUGAGCCGCUGUCCCGACCACUGCAAUUAAGCGAACAAGGACACAUUCUUGAGGUGGCUAUUGAGGCAGCAGCAAAUGCAAUUAUUAAUAUGAGAGACAGCUUAAAUGAAUGGGACAGCAAAGCUGGUGACGGUGAUUGUGGAUCUACAAUGUAUAUUGGCGCGGCAACAAUUCUAGAGGAUAAGAAAAAGUAUUAUCCCCUGAAUGAUGCCGCAGAAACCGUAAAUGAAAUUGGAUCGUCUAUUAGAAGAGUUAUGGGAGGAACAAGUGGGAUUAUAUACAAUAUCUUUUGCAAGGCAGCUUAUGCACAAUUGAAAGCAAACACACAAUCAGUUGUCACUUCAAUACAAUGGUCUGAAGCACUUCAAGCUUCCAUUGCUGCAGUUAGUAAAUAUGGUGGUGCCAGUGCUGGUUAUCGCACAAUGUUAGAUGCAUUUAUUCCAGCAUCAGCACUUCUCAAGGAGAGGUUAACUGCUGGGGAUGAUCCUUUCACCGCUUUCGUUCUCUCAUCAGAAGCAGCAUUAGCUGGUGCUGAAUCAACCAAACAUAUGCAGGCGCAGGCUGGCCGUUCUAGCUAUAUUUCGACAGAGAUCCUUGCAUUGGUUCCAGAUCCAGGAGCGAUGGCUGCAGCUGCAUGGUACAGAGCAGCGGCUUUAGCCAUCAAAAACAAAUGAGACCCUUUAGAGACACUGAAAUACGUACUUCUAUCUGCAAUUAUUUUGGCUGCUGCAGAUUUUUAGUUCUUUUUUUUGAUGAUUCGACUCUGUUGUCUCACUUAGGCUUUCGGCUUAUGCAAAUUUUGUGUGUGGCGCUGAGAGAGCACAAUUUGGUUUAACUUUUCUCCAGAAAAAUGUAAAUCUCAGUUUAUACUUCUGAAAAUUAUUUAUGUAAAUUGAAUAUUUGUUCACUUCUGUGCUUUAAUGUAUCUAAUAGAAAAAUGUUGGAUAAUGGGUCAAAUAUCCCCCCAACUUGUGCUGUA